AUUACUUAAUAGCGAGGGGUCGAGUUGAGACAGAGAUCGCUGACCCGAGCUAAGAGCCAGCCAUCCAGCCACCGCCGAUUUUACGUUUCCGCUCCUGCCUCGACUUCGGUUUCAAUCCUCAUGGAUCCUUCUCUCUGAUACCCGAUCAUCCUGUUAGCUUCAUUCACCCUGUUUGUUUUCCCCUGAAAUUCAGCACACAGGCCGUUCUUUUUGGGGAAGAAAGGACAACAAAUCGAAGCUAAUCGGCCGGCCUCCCGUCGUAAUUGCUGGUUAGGAUGACGACUCCUUCGAGGAAGAGAUUGAUGAGGGACUUCAAGAGGCUGCAGCAGGACCCUCCUGCUGGUAUUAGCGGUGCUCCCCAAGACAAUAAUAUACUACUCUGGAAUGCUGUCAUAUUUGGGCCGGAUGACACCCCAUGGGAUGGAGGUACGUUUAAGUUGACACUUCAGUUCACUGAGGAUUAUCCAAACAAGCCGCCAACAGUGCGGUUUGUCUCCAGAAUGUUCCAUCCAAAUAUCUAUGCAGAUGGGAGCAUUUGCUUGGACAUCCUACAAAAUCAGUGGAGUCCUAUUUAUGAUGUCGCUGCAAUACUCACAUCAAUCCAGUCUUUGCUUUGCGAUCCAAACCCAAACUCGCCAGCAAAUUCAGAAGCCGCAAGGAUGUUCAGCGAGAACAAGCGCGAGUACAAUCGAAGAGUGCGGGAGAUUGUUGAGCAGAGCUGGACUGCCGAUUAGGGUUUACUCUGUGGCUUGUAACUCCAAAAUGGAUGAAGUGUCCAAGUUCAAGUUAUAACAUUAAAAGACUGACAUAAGCGUGUGGUUGUUUUGUUGCUCCUUGGAUGUUUUGCUUGCUUGCUUUCCGAGAAUGAACUGUUGGCAUUCUCAUUGCAGUGUUUGUUGUAUCAAAUCAAAUGAUCUGCCUUCGCAUUUUUUUUUGUAUACAUGUAGAGUAAGUUUCCUGUUGGGUCUAUUCUGGGCGUGGAUUGUCAAAACAUUGGUUCUUGAUCUGCUCCCUCUACUCUGAAUCUUGACCUUGGCUGCCUGGUGGGAAGCCUAAGAGAACGUAGGAACUAAAGGUAUUGAUAUAGGUAAAGGAUUUCAGGUGGGCGAGGCCUUGCGUGCAUUCUGGUAAAGGAUUUCUAUUAUCUAUUAACUAGCCAAUGUGACGAUUCAAGAGACUGGGUGAAGUGUGGAGAUCAGACCAGGUGAAAGUGUAUCUAUUUAGAUUUGGAAGGUCUUGCCCAAGGCUGUCAACUCACAGGUCGAUCCGCUGAUUGGCCUGUUUUGAUUCUGACCCGGUAAGAACAAUGGGCUACACACCCGCCGAGUCGACCUGCUGCAAGGUUACCAGGUUAAAGGUCACACGAUAUCAUUUUACAUUUUGCUUUGUGAAAUGCUACUCUUUUACAAUUUUCCUUUUCUCCAAACCCUAUUUUUGAAUUCUAA